AUGGCUGGAAACGACCUGGCACUGGUGCGACUGGAUGCUCCCUCCAGAAACAAGCUCGUCCGAGUGGCCGGUACCCGGUCGACAGUGAAAGAUGGCGAACUUUUGGUGGAAGUGGGUUGGGGAGAGGUUGCCGAUGGGCCGAUCGCCCCCCGUCUGCAGCAGAAUCCAGACAUACAGGUCCUGGAGACGGAGUUUUGCAAUGGCCCGAGCCUGUGGAACAACAUCAUCAGGGAAGGCAUGUUCUGCGGUCUCAACUUCUUCCAUGGCAUUGGGCCCAGCUGUGAAGGCCACCACGGCGAUCCUCUUUUGAGGGCAUAUGCACCAAUGGCGGAUGUGAACCUGGGAAGGCCAGAGGAGGACGUGCUGAUUGGGAUAUCGUCGUUCUCAAAAGAGAAGGCGGAAUGUGGCCAAGGGAUGAUGCCUGAAGUGUACACUUUUGUCCCCAAGCACUGGGAGUGGAUCAAUGGUGUCCUUGAAGAUGAGGUUGUCACGGUCACACAGGGCAUGUCGACAGCACAAGCGCCUAUGGGAGACACAAGUGACGCUUUCUGGAGCGCCGGGAAUGUUCUUGCGAUGGCACUGUCUGCCAGCUUCUUCAUCGGACUCGCCAUUCUGCUCGGUGCGAUCGUAUGGAUUGGGCGCCUGAGGCGCAAAAACAUGGACCCACAGGACCCAGAUUCCUCAGGCCAUCCCUUGACCAGCAUUCAGGCUGACCUCCAGUUCCAGCUGCUGAGCGGCGGGCAAAGGAGCAUGCGUCUCACAGGUGAAAGGCUGGGGGAGGGCUUGCUGUGCGAGAUCGUGCAGGGCGAACUUCUAGGCGACGCCCCGCACGGCAAGCGGCUGGUCGCCGUGAAGCGCCUGAAAGAGUCCCUGACGGCCCCCAACCAGCGGGAAAUAGGCGCCGCAACUCUCAGGCGCGAGCUCCACGUCCUCCGGCUGGUCGGUGAACACGCCAACAUCGUGCGGUUUCUGGGCCACGGCGGCGACGGCCCCGGCUUGUUCAUAGUGGAAGAGGAAAUGCCCACAGAUCUGUCGCGGUUCAUCCACAGCAACCACCGCACGGACGGCAUUACCUACGCCCACGUGGUCGAGAUCUUCAUCGGCGUGGCCAGGGCACUGCAGCGCCUGCACGGCUGCGGGAUCAGGCACUGCGACCUGAAGCCCAAGAACGUGCUGCUGGACGAGCGCCGGGUGCCCCGGCUGGCCGACUUCGGCGUGUCGGACCCCAAGGAACGGAGCGUCUCGGAGGCUGUGCUCGGCAGCGAGUUGGAGGGCGGCACGCCAGCGUACCUGGCGCCAGAGUGGUUCCGCGGCAGCGGGCGGCAGCCCGUCGAUCUGAACAAGAGGGACGUUUACUCCCUGGGCGUCUUGAUGUGGGAGACCAUCACCUUCGGAACUCCCAAACUCUACCGCAGUGCUGCAGGCUUGAACCAGGCCAGCGGGUCCAACUCGGGGGCCCAAGGGUCCCAAAGCGGGCCUCAGGGGACCCACAGCGGGCCUCAGGGGACCCACAGCGGGCCUCAAGGGUCCCAGGGUGGCGGCCAAGAUGAUGAGGUGGAUGUGGAGACGAAAGAGAGUUUCCCUUUUAGGGAGGUGCAUCCGACGGACCUCAGGGACUUGACGUAUGACUGUCUCAAUCCGAUAAACAUGGACAGGCCCACGUGCCGGGAGGUUGAGAGGCGGCUGCGUGACAUGCGACAGGCUGGAUGGACGGAAUGGCAGUGGAGGUGA